CAGCGAGACAAGGGACUCCAUUUUGCUCCAGGUGCUCGGUUGCCAAUGGUUACCUAACAUCUGAGAAAUAUUAAUUUUUGUUCCGCGGAUCGCGUAUAAUUAGAUAACGACCCCGCCCCCUUCUCUUGGCUGGCGGUUUGGCGGCCUACCUCGGCCUUCCGUCUCCCUUCCCAACUGGCGUUUGGGUAUUUCCAGGGCACCCCUUUCCUCUGCGCUGGCUUUCUAACAGAGAGGCCUGUGGAUGGCGGAGUGCGAGGGGUUCAUCUGCCCGCUGUGUAUGAGGGACUUCAGGGGCGUGGUUCAGUUGGAGCAACACUUCCAGGAGGACCAUUCCGAUACCACUCAGUCCCGGUUCCGUUCCAACCUCAAGAACCUCUUUGGGAAACUCAAGAGGAGGAACCAGGAUGGUGGACUGGUCGACGAGGGGGCAGCUGCAGCAUCUAGCAGACAGGGCGAGGCUGUGGGUGUGGUCACAAACAUCAGUGGUUUUGAUGAAUGGGAGACUCAGCCAUUUGGGUUUAGUCGAGACUUGAUGCGGCAGUUCCGGAGGGAGAGAGAUGUGGUCACGACACAACUAGCAACAGAGACCAACAGACUCAUCAUCAGAGUGGAGCGGCUGUUCAAAGCUCUGCAAGUCACUCCACUGAGAACACCAAAGGCCAGGAAAGAGCUGGAGCAAUCGGUGGUGUCAUGGCGACCGGACAAGGAGGAGAAGCGAUGUCGGUAUUGUGGGCGUGGUUUUAACGUGCGACGAAGGAAGCACCAUUGUCGACUGUGUGGUGACAUCAUUUGCCAGCGGUGCUCUCAGUUUAUGAGUCUCAGCGAAACAUAUCCGGUCCUCUCCGAUUGCCCCGACUACCGUUCCCUGGCCCCGCCCACCAAGACGAGGUUGCUAUCGUUGAAGAGAGGGCGAGGGAGGAGAGAGGAGGAGGAGGAGGAGGAGGAAGACGAUAAGUCAAGAGAUUUGCGAAUGUGCUUCUCUUGUUACAAACUCAUCCACAGGAGACUGCACCAGUUGGAGAACCUGGAGAAACCACUAGUAUCUUCCUUGUACGAGAGGAUGCAGGGGAUCAUUAGUAACGCUGACGACAGGAAACCCCCAUAUCUUCUCAUGGCUGAGUCCAUCAUAGCUGGGGAGCAUGGCUACCGACUGACUGUUGCCAUGAGAACUAGACAAGAACUUAUCAAACAGUACGAGGCAAUAGACAGUAUCAGUAAAGACAUAUACUCACUGGGAAGUGACUAUGAAUCAGAUCCAUCAGCAUCCAGAGCCAUGUUCAAACUUUGUCGAGGGAUUCGAGUGUAUGCGUCGACUUACCUUCAGGAGAACCUACUGUCCCUUCCGUCCCUGCCCACGUCUCACCAACUGGCUGAGAUCAGACGGAGGAAGGAGGAGGAGGCGAGAGAGAGAUUGAAGGAGAUGGAACGGCAGAGAGAGAUACUUCGACAGGAGGAACUUGCACGAAAUCUAACGCACAGUGUCACAAUGACCAGUGGGUCUGCUGUGGAUGAUGUGUAUGAUGACGAUGACAGGGGAUUCGCAGGAGCGAGCACCUCGUAUUCACUCGAUCUUGCAUCGGGCGAGAAAAAGAAGAGAUUUGAAAAACUCAAGAAUUUCUCCAACAAGGUGAUACCGAGAGUGAAUUUCAAGAAAGAGGGAGGAGGGGGAGGUGAGGAGGGGAGUGUUAGGGUGGAGCGACUUGCUUCUGGGUCAGGGUGGAUGAGCACGUCGAAGGCGUUUGGGAGCAUCGACAGUCAGGACGACCCGUUUACUCUACAGAGAGAGCAGCUGUUGGGGUACAUCCAGCAGGCCAGGGUCGCAGGUCGAACUGACGAGUUGGCUGCUCUGGAGCAGAGUCUGCGUGAAAUAGAGAGACUAAUGACGGAGAGAGAGCUGCCGCCACAGGCUUCACUCUCCUACGGUUUCAGCUAACUACCCACUACAGCCCCUUCAAUCCCAGCGUGUGAUUAUUAUAAUAUUCUCUCAUGUUAUAUAUACAUGUGGUGUACUGUAUGACAGUGACAGUGAUGAGUUAUUGUUUUUGUUGAGGAGGCGGAGGAGUGGUGAAAAGAGAGUUUAACUCUUUCUGUAUGUCGCGCCACUGCAAACUGGUGGUGUCUACAACUUGACUACCACCAUCCUCUGCGAAGGUUUAGCAACAUUCACAUCAGAAGAGUCAGGAUGAUGGUUCACCUGAAACGAAUAUGACUUCCGAGCGCUCGAUUUCUCUGGUCUCGACUGAAAACUUGACUUGAGGGUUGAAAAACUUCAGCUGUGGGACGUUCUGCUGCACGAAUACCCUGAGACACAAUAAUUAUACUAAUGCCUCGAGUUUAGGAGGAAAAUCCGGACAUACUUGGUCCCUGCGUGUUGUCUUUCGUCCCCAGAGCCCACGGCCAGUACCACUUCCUUCACACCGUGAGGGAGACGCAGCGGCCACGCUCGAAGGUGGUCCAGCGUCCGCACGUAUCCCAGCGUCUGUCUAACGACAGAGACGGUCUUGACUGUAGAGGUCAUAGUUCAAUUUUUACACCACGUGGGUGACACUGAGCGUCCUUCAACAACUUGCCCUCAUCGCCUACCCCAUAUAAUAGGCUACUCUCCUUCAGUGGAAGUUACAAAGAAGAAGGGCGGGGUAAAGAUGACAAGUGUUCUGUGGAGGAUUAUGGGGAGAAGGAGGGACGUGGGGAAGAAGAGGUUGAGGCACAGACAAAGGAAGAGGUGCAGAGCCAUCACACAGAUUCCGGACGAGAGCGACGAGCGGAUACAAAGAUUUCUGGAGUGGUGCGACGAAGUUGGAAUUUCGUUGCACAAGAGUCUGUACAUAGGUCGAGAAGGUUCCUGUGCAGACAUAGGUGUGGUGUCUAAGGCCUACAUCCCGGCAGGCG